AUGGCACAGCCCGUGCCUCAUCAGCCCACCGAUCGAAAGCGCGUCAAGGUCUACGAGCUUCGCAACAAUGACUGGUUUGACAGAGGUACUGGCUUCUGUAGCGCGAGCUUCGAGACUCUUGACGAUGGUCGCAAAGAUCCGCGCGUCGUCGUCGAAUCAGAAGAUCAUCCCGACCGUCUCCUAUUAGAAACAAAGAUUCAGAAAGAAGAUGGAUUUCAGAAACAGCAAGGCACGUCCACAUGUCUGAUAUGCGCUCUACAAACGUCAUACCCUGAUCGUGUGGCAGGAACCCAGCAGUGGUGUCGAUAUGGCAUUGAGCUUCCAGGAAGCAGAAGGAUGCGCAUUAAUCUGGCGUUUCGUGAGCAACGUCCAACAAACCUUUCACAACCAUUUACCUGGCGCUGGUAUGCAGUCUUAUCUUCUAUGGAGGAACACGUUGCUAAUACUUUAUCUGCAGACGAUGGCCUUUCCGAUGAUCUUGCCAUCGACGUUCCGCCAGCUAUCAACUUGCCCAACGCCGAACUUGGAAAUCUUGGCGACAUCGAAUCAACUAUGCGAAUGAUGAACACUACGGCUAACGGUAGAGACGCGCUGGCCAAGGCAAUCAUGGCUGAAGAUUUUAUUGGCAAGAUCGUUCCAUUGGUUGAGAUGGCCGAAGACCUAGAGAGCCUUCAAGACUUGCACCGACUUUGCAACAUCAUGAAGACAGUUAUUCUUCUCAACGACACGUCGAUCAUCGAGCACGCGGUAUCGGAUGAAUGUGUUUUGGGUGUUGUUGGCGCGCUAGAGUACGACCCUGACUUUCCUAGUCAUAAAGCCAACCAUCGACACUGGUUGGGUAAUCAGGGCCGCUACAAGGAAGUCGUUCCGAUUGAAGAUGAACAAAUCCGCAGGAAAAUCCACCAAACAUACAGACUGCAGUACUUGAAAGACGUGGUUCUUGCCCGUAUUCUCGACGACCCCACAUUUUCAGUUCUCAAUUCCCUCAUCUUUUUCAACCAGGUCGACAUUGUUCAGCAUCUGCAAGCAAAUGCCGCUUUUCUUAACGAGCUUUUCGGUAUCUUCAGUCCUUCAAACAACGACCAGAAGAGGAAGAAGGAAGCAGUGCUCUUUAUUCAGCAAUGCUGUGCUAUAGCAAAAAACAUUCAGCCACCAGCGCGUCAGACAUUGUACAACAAUUUCCUUGCUCAUGGACUUUUACAAGUCAUUAAUUUCGGAUUGCGGCAUCAUGAUGUUGGCGUUCGGGUCGGAGCUACUGACAUCCUGAUAUCCAUCAUCGAUCACGAUCCUCAAAUGAUUCGACAAACAUUAUAUCGCCAAGUACACGAGAAAGUGACCCCUCUCACCGAUUCUUUGAUCGACCUUCUUCUUGUCGAGGUUGAUCUUGGUGUGAAAUCUCAAAUAUCAGAAGCGCUCAAGGUUCUUCUAGACCCUGGCCCCCAGCAACUCCAAAAUGAGAAUUUCCAGAAAGCCAACGGUGAGCUUUAUAGCCAAGAAAUGCUACAGGCCUCUACUGACCCCCGACAAGAGGUUUUCCUUCACGCCUUUUACGCGGAUUCUGCACCAAAGCUGUUCAAGCCACUGGCCGACUUGGAGAAGCGAACCGAUAUGAACUUCAGCGUUCAGCAAGCGUCGAUGUUUACAUAUCUCAUCGACAUUCUUACAUUCUUCAUUCGCCAGCAUGCAGUACGUGUGAAGUUUUAUGUCAUGGGCCAUGAUAUCGCCAAGCGUGUCUCCCAGCUACUUGGAUGCUCCGAGAAAUUCUUACGAUUAGUCGCUAUUCGCUUUUUCCGCUCAAUAAUCGGAAUGCAAGAUGAGUUCUACAUUAAACAUCUCACGGAGAAGCAAGUGCUGGGGCCUAUUCUUGAAGUACUUAUCGGAACUAUGCCUCGGGACAACCUACUGGCAUCGGCAUGCCUCGAGUUCUUUGAGUUCAUCAAGAAGGAGAACGUUAAAGAUGUUAUCAAGUAUCUUGUGGUCAACCACAGAGACCAACUGAUGACUCUGAGCUAUAUGCCUACAUUCCGAGACAUCGUCCUUCGAUACGAUCAAACCAGAGGUUACACAUCAAACGUUGAUUAUUUUAUGGAGGGCGAAGACGAGAUGGGAAGAAGACCCCCACCUAACACAAGAUUGAUGGAACAGAUCACCGUCGACCAAGAACAAGAGGAAUAUUGGGCAGGAUCUGACAAUGAAGAAGAAGAGGACAAUUCAAGCAAGGAUGGAGAAAAGACGCCGUCUACGAAUGGAUCUAUCACCUCCAAGCUCCUCGUUGAUUACGCUUCCGACGAGGAGACGGACGAAAACGCCGACCCCGAGGCAACGCCAGACAGUCACAGCGAUGUAGCAUCAGAUGCCGUGGGCUCGCCGAUCGACUCGAGUCUAGGAGGAGGUGUUCCACCACCAGAGCGGCUUUCAGAGAAACGUCGACGUGAAGAGGAGGAAGAUGACGACGAAAUCGGCAAGCUAAUGCACAACAAGCGACGCAAUAGUAGCGGCUCUAUCAGCUCGGUCUCUAGUAACCCUCGAGGCUUGACAAAACGAAAAAGCUUCACUGCCGGCUCUACCAGCGGAAGCAGUAAGAAGAUCGCGAUUAGUCUUUCUUCCGGCUUAAAAACAGGCAGCGGCCCAGGGUCAAACGAGGAGUCGUAA